GGUAUUUACAUUUUAUCGCAAAAAAUAUUGACAAAUAUAUUUAAGAUAUUAUUAUAAAAGUUCUCGACGCUGCAAAGGGCCGAUAAUAAAUGCUGUAUUUGAGCAAUCAACAUUCAAUUUACCUAAAGAUUCAAUCUGCAUUGAGCUAUAUGAUGAAUGAUUAAAAAAACGAAAUGUAGGUUAAAGACAGUCAUAUCUUUGGAAGAUGUUAUCAAAGAAAAAGGAAUCAGCUGGACUAAAUGAAGGAAUAGCUGGUAAAUAUGUCAAGAGAGACACGCCUCCAAUAUUGCGAACCUACCAUCAGCAAGUUCGACCCCCAUCUGGCCAGCGUCGAACUGGUGUUAAAACUCCAGCGUCUUAUAUUCCUCAGCAGACAGUGGCCAGCACCAGUUUCCCUUUUGUCAGCAAGCAGCUGGGCACCAGACCUAAAAGCCACAUAGGAAUAUCUAGUCAUGAAUCAGGUCAAAGCUUACCAGAGCGUCAGACGCAAUCUCCCAAAGCCCAGUCGCCAAUUCCACAACCGAAACUGUCUCAUGCUGUUUCACAGCAACUACCAAGACAGCUUUUGUCUCCCGCCGUUCAGUCCUCUGUCUCAAAUGCUGGUGCUGACAUGAAAAGCCUUUCAAAUGAUAUGCAAAGACUUAAUGUGGAACAAGUAUCCAAUAAUAAUGAUCAGGGUUGGCUGACGGUGCAUAGUGGUGUUUCAGUGCCUCAAAAUAAUGGUUUUAGUAAACCGGGUGUUGUGAAGUCUGGUUCCUCCCCAGCCUUGAUUCAGCAUCUAAGUCCACAGGGAACAAGUGCUAAUAAUUUGGUUACAAAUACCAGUAACCAGCAUGAGUCAAUUAAUGAUGGUUCCUAUCAUACACAAUCACAGAAUGCAAGUGAGAUGCAACAAGGAACAUAUGGAAACCAGGAAGUAGAGCGUCCUGAUGAGGGUGGUGGACAAUUUGACAGUGUUGUGUACAUGAGUGGGGAGGCCGGGCAGGUGUAUGACGAUUUCGAGAUUCAGCAGUACCACCAGGACAUACGCAACCACUAUGCUUCACAGAACCAGGCCCAGCAGGGCUCCAGCAUGGCUGGUGUUGGUGCAGGCUCCCAGGGUGGUCAGGAGGGCGGGACACCCAGUCAACACCUUACCCUGGCACAUCAGACAUCCUUGGGUAGUUCCGGGUAUGCCAGUAACGAACACCUCCCGCUGCCCCAGGGCUGGUCAGUUGACUGGACGGUGCGAGGACGAAAGUACUACAUUGACCACAUAACACAGACCACCCAUUGGAGCCACCCACUAGAGAAGGAGAGUUUGCCCACUGGCUGGCACCGCAUUGAGUCCAAGGAACUGGGGGUCUACUAUGUUAAUCAUUACACCAGGCAGGCACAGUACCAGCACCCAUGUGCCAACCUGAUGCAGUACCAGUUUGGUAACCAUGGCAAUCCUCUACCCAUCACCGCUACCCAGCAGCCCCAGUCUCGUGGAAAUCUAGUCCCAGCCAACCCCUACCUUAACACUGAGAUCCCUGAAUGGCUGCGUGUGUAUGUGAAGGCUCCCCCUGAACAUGACCACAAACUCAAGUGGGAUCUAUUCCAGCUGAAUCAAAUGGAGACGUUUUAUGCCAUGUUGAAUCGGCUUUACAAGCAAGAACUUGAAAAAAUUGUCAUGAGCUAUGAGGGGUAUCGGGCUGCCUUGAAUCAAGAAAAAGCACGCCGCCAGCAAGAAAUGCGCAUGGAGCAAAACAAGGUUGCUAAAUCUGAAGGCGAUGAUUCAAGGAAAACGCCAGAUACAGUUGCAUUGCAGACGAAAGUUUUAAGGUCAAAUUCUGGUGCAGCCAAAGGUCAGGCAGGUCAGUCCCAAGGCAAAGGUCAAGGUGACAAUGACUCUGGUUUGUUUGACUCUGACCAAGGGACUAUGUAUGAGAAUGAUACGAUUCUGAAGCAACAUUUAAAGCAACAAGAAAUGCAGCAAAAACUGAAACUGUUUCAAGAGCAGCAAAUGAUGCUGCAUCAACAGCAGUUGCUGCAAAAACAGCAGCAGCAACAACAGCAGCAGCAGCAACAACAACAACAGCAGCUACAGGCUUCAGCAUCUAGCCAAAUGUCAAGUUCAGAUCAGUUGCAUUAUUUGCUGAUGAAGCGGCAACAAGAGCAGUAUCGACAGCAGCAAGCUGCUUUUCAGCAACAGCAGCUCCUGAAGCAACAACAGUACCAACAGAUGCUGUGGUAUCAGCAGCAACAGCAGCAGCCCCAGUCACUAAGUCACACACAGUACAUGGUGCCUCACCAGGGUGCCCUGAUGUCUCACAUGCAGCAACAUGGGGCUCAGUCUCAGCAAAUGGCUUCCCACCUUGCUAAUACUCAGUCGGUCUCCCAGCAACAGCCCAUGUUUAGUUCUAUGCAAUACGGUAUGCCCCACCUCUCACAGCUUCAAGGUCAAGGCCACAUGUCCCAGAUACAGGGUCAAGGUCACAUGCCCCAGCUGCAAGGUCAGUCUAUGAAUCUGCAGUACCAAGGUCAGCAACACUUUCAAGGUCAGCAGCAGUUAGUCAGUCAAGGUCAUCUGUCUCAUGCCCAAGGUCAAGGUCAUUUGUUGCCAGGGCAACCUCAGCUGGUCACAUCCCAACAGGUCCAGCAUAAUCCUCAGCAACAGCUGACGGCUGAACAACAAAGGCUUAUUGCACAAAAUAUAGAGACAAACGUUUAGGAAGUUUGGAAUAAGAAGUGAUAUAUUUAUUGAUUCUACAAUAUUAUGUGGCAUGUAAUUGUUCUAGCUUGCUUACAUUUGUGUUGUUGGUUUGUUAUUUGUGUCAUAUUGAAAGCCGUGCAGUAUUGAAAAUUGUUGAUUUUUCUGGACACAAAUAUUUUACACAAAAGAUGAAUACAAAUUGUUUCUUUUUUUGAUCUUCAAAGAGAACUUUGCACAGAUUGGUGAAUUGACCAUUUCUACCUUUUUAUGUCCCCCACUAUAGUAGUGGGGGACAUAUUGUUUUUGCCCUGUCUGUCUGUCUGUUGGUCUGUUUGCGCCAACUUUAACAUUUUGCAAUAACUUUUGCUAUAUUGAAGAUAGCAACUUCAUAUUUGGCAUGCAUGUGUAUCUCAUGAAGCUGCACAUUUUGAGUGGUGAAAGGUCAAGGUCAAGGUCAUCCUUCAAGGUCAGAGGUCAAAUAUAUAUGGCCAAAAUCGCUCAUUUUAUGAAUGCUUUUGCAAUAUUGAAGAUAGCAACUUGAUAUUUGGCGUGCAUGUGUAUCUCAUGGAGCUGCACAUUUUGAGUGGUGAAAGGUCAAGGUCAUCCUUUAAGGUCAGAGGUCAAAUAUAUGUGGCCCAUAUUGCUUAUUUUAUAAAUACUUUUGCAAUAUUGAAGAUAGCAACUUGAUAAAUGGCAUGCAUGUGCAUCUCAUGGAGCUGCACAUUUUGAGUGGUGAAAGGUCAAGGUCAUCCUUCAAGGUCAGAGGUCAAAUAUAUGUGGCCCAAAUCGCUUAUUUUAUGAAUACUUUUGCAAUAUUGAAGAUAGCAACUUGAUAUUUGGCAUGCAUGUGUAUCUCAUGGAGCUGCACAUUUUGAGUGGUGAAAGGUCAAGGUCAUCCUUCACAAGGUCAAGGUCAUCCUUCAAAGUCAAACGUCAUAUAGGGGGACAUUGUGUUUCACAAACGCAUCUUGUUGUAAUUGGCUCAGGUUUAUAGUCCUAUAAGGAAAUUUAAUGCAUGUGUAUUUAAUAAUAAAGAUAAGUUAUUGCAAAUAAAUAAUAUUAUAGAUUUUUAAAGCUUAUUUAACAUCUUAAGGGAAAUCAUGUUGAAUUUAUAUAUAUAUGUUUUUUUAUACAUUAUACACACACGGUUAUGUUCAUAAAUGGGAGUACCAAAACCAACUGCGUAAGUGUACUUAGAAAAUAAAUGGCACUUGAUAUAAGUUAAGAUGUAUUAAAUUUAAAAAAAGUGAAAAUGUUGUAUCAAUCUACAAAGCAGAAUAACUAACAAAUGAUACAUGUUGUAGACAGAGCUUUGGCCAACUUUUCGUAUUCCUUAUUCUGAUUUUCAAAAGCCAUGGUGAUAACAAAUACUUAUACAUUUUGCAGUCAAAUAUUAAUAUGGAAAGAACUAAACAAAGAGAACCAAUUGUAUAAUACUCUUCGUGCCUAAUAUACUUAUUGUAACCUACGUACGUUUGUUACAUGCUAAUAUAUAUGUCCUAAUUGUUAAAAGAAAUUACCUAAUUUAGGCUCUUUCUGUUGACAAAAUCUCUUUAAAGUAAGAUGAGUUGCGAUUUGAAGUAGUCAAUAUUUUUGUGACACAGCAUGAAAAAAACUUGCCAUGCUAUAUAAUAUACCAAAAUCAGAUUUGGUUUACAGUUUUUAGCUCAUCUGUCACAAAGUGACAUGUUGAGCUUAUUUGACCGUGUGAUGUCCGGCGUGUGUGCAUGCGUGUGUGCGUGCGUCUGUCAACAAUAUGUUAGUGUAGCCAGUAGAGGUCACAGUUUUCAUCCAAUCUCUAUGAAAUUUGGUCAGAAUGCUCAUCUUGAUGAAAUCUGGGUUGGGAUUGUAUUUGGGUCAUCUGGGGUCAAAAACUAGGUCACUGGGUCAAAAACUAGAUCACAUAAUAGGUCAAAUAAUAGAAAAACCUUGUGUAGACAAUAGAGGUCGAGGUUUUCAUUCAAUCUUUAUGAAAUUAAGUCAGAAUGUUUAUCUUGAUGAAAUCUGGGUUGGGAUUGUAUUUGGGUCAUCUGGGGUAAAAAACUACGUCGUAAGGUCAAAAACUAGGUCAAAUAAUAGAAAAACCUUGUGUAGACAGUAGAGGUCACAGUUUUCAUCCAAUCUUUAUGAAAUUUGGUCAGAAUGUUUAUCUUGAUGAAAUCUGGGUUGGGAUUGUAUUUGGGUCAUCUGGAGUGAAAAACUAGGUCACUAGGUCAAAAACUAGGUCAAAUAAUAGAAAAACCUUGUGUAGACAGCAGAGGUCACAGUUUUCAUCCAAUCUUUAUGAAAUUUGGUCAGAAUGUUUAUUUUCAUAAAAUCUGCGUUGGGAUUGUAUUUGGAUGAUCUGGGGUCAAAAACUAGGUCACUAGGUAAAAAACUAGGUCACUAGGUAAAAAACUAGGUCACUAGGUCAAAUAAUAGAAAAACCUUGUCACAGUUUUCAUCCAAUCUUUAUGGAAUUUGGUCAGAAUGUUUAUCUUGAUGAAAUCUGGGUUGGGUUUGUAUUUGGGUCAUCUGGGGUCAAAAACUAGGUCACUAGGGAAUAUAAUAGAAAAACCUUGUGUAGACAAUAGAGGUCACAGUUUUCAUCCAAUUUUUAUAAAAUUUGAUCAGAAUGUUUAUCUUGAUAAAAUAUGGGUUGGGAUUGUAUUUGGGUCACCUGGGGUCAAAAACUAGGUCACUAGGUAAAAUAAUAGAAAAACCUUGUGUAGACAAUAGAGGUCACAGUUUUCAUCUAAUCUUUAUGAAAGUUGGUCAGAAUGUUUAUCUUGAUGAAAUCUGGGUUGGGAUUGUAUUUGGUAAGUCAGGUGAGCGAUUCAGGGCCAUCAUGGCCCUCUUGUUGUUGUUGUAUUUUGUAUGAGAUCUCAUAUUAUGUUGGCAUUUGUAUAUAUCUGCAAUUUGUGUUUUAACAAAGACAGUUUACUGUGGUUGUUUUUAUGUCCCCGAAGGUGGGCAUAUAGUGGUCGCACUGUCCGUCCCUCCGUCUUUCUGUCCGUCACAUUUUGCGUUUUGGUUUCAAAAAAUGCUCAUAACUUCUAUGGUGCUUCAGAUGUAACCUUCAUAUUUGGUAUGCAUGUGUAUAUGGACAAGGCCUUUUCAUACGCACACACAUUUUGGCCCCUUUGACCUUGACCUUGAACUUAGGGACUGCGUUUAGGUUUUGAAAUCUGCGUUUAGGUUUAAAAUAAUAACCUCUCAUACCUCCUUUGUCGCUUCAUAUGUAACAUUCAUAUUUAGUAUGUAUGUGUAUAUAGACAAGGCCUUUCCAUACACACUGUGUUUAGGUUUCGAAAAAUGUGUUUAGGUUUCGAAAAAUGCUCAUAACUUUUAUCAAAGCGUUUAUCGGGGGCAUAUGUCAUCCAAUGGAGACAGCUCUUGUUUUAACAUUUUUGUUGUUGUAAAACCUGCAAAACAUUCAAGCAGAAACAGAACAAAAUAUCAGAUGUUUCACUACCAAUGUAUAAUACUAGUAAAAGAAGUAAAUCUGAUGUGCAUUAAUAAAAUAAAAUUGUUUAUGGUUUAUUUGCAACGGAAGCUAACGAAAAUUAUAUCUUGAUUAAAUUACUUAUGUCAUAGUGCUGUUAAGUUUAUAAGAGCGUAGCAAAGGCAUCAUUUGUUGUUAUACAAUCUAAUUAAUUAAUGAUAGUUAGUGGGAAAGAUAAGAAUUUGUUAAUGAUACUCUUUUGUUUAGAAACCAUGUUUGUUAUGAAUGUGUAUGCAUAAUAGCACAAAAUGCAAUAUCAUAGGAGGAAGACUGUGAUGAUAUUAACAUUUGUGCUGGGGUAUGUGUUAUAGGAACUGUCUAAAUGUUUAUGGCAUUUUUUGCACAAUUAGUGUAAAGUUUUUAGCUUCAGUAGUUGUCCAUUAAGUUUAUGCAGACAAUACCUAGACAAUACCUGUAGAGGCGUUUGUUUAAUUCAAUAAAACUUAAAUGAAGUGUAAGUAGGCAUGACAACAAUGUUCAUUGUUGCAUUCCUAUGUAAAUACAGGUAUUUCCUUAACUUAUGAAAUCUGGUCUCAGUUGCAUGGCCUCGGAUUUUGGAUGUUUUUUUUUCAAUAAGUCAUACUAUUUAGUAGAUUUGACAGUUUUACAUGACAGGCACAUUACAAUUUGUAAAGCAGCAGUUUGCUAAUGGCAGCCAAGAGAUAGCUUAUGAUAAUCAAGAAGCAUUAAAUACGGCUGAUUAUACAUUUUGGCUAUUUCUGUUCAAUGGGUAAUAUAAAUUAAAACAGUAUCAUAUUAAUAUGCAUUCAAAUUUUCGUUCAUCAAGCAUCUGAUUCCCAUAGAUUUUAGAUUUUCCUCUUGCUUUUUAAUAACUGCAGUUACAUUGAUGUUAAGAUUCUGCCAUGACAAUAUUUAGCUCUCCAAUAACAACAUCAGAUAUGGGUGUUUUAAGGACAAAUUGGCCUCAUUAAUUGAUGGCUAGCCUUGUCAUGUUCUCGUGUUCCUAUGUAUUUACCUAUUUGCCCUUGUGAGAUGUGUUCAGAUGUUAUGAAGUGUUGUUGUACCCUACCGGUCUCACGGGAGGGGACUUAUGGUUAGCACUCUGUCCGUCCGUCAGUCCAUCAGUCAAUCACAUUUUUCUGGAUCCUGUGAUAACUUUAAAAGUUCUUAAUAUUUCUUUAUGAAAUUUAAACAUGGAUAGAUGGCAAUAAGGACAUUAUGAAUGUCAUUUUAUUUUGUUCCCAUGUCAAAAAUUCUGGUUGCUAUGGCAACCAAAAAAAAUAUUCCGACAAUGGUGGAAUUUCUUACAAUGUUGGAGCCGGUAGGGGACCAUAUUGCUUGACAAUAGCCUUGUUUUUCAUGUAACUGUUUGAUUUCUUAGUGUAGAAUGAGGUGGUUUUUUUAAAUAGCUUUAUUUCCCUGUCAGUUAAAUGUUGUUUGAAAUCACAAAUGUGCUUUGUUUCAUUAUCUGUUGAAAUUGUUCUGCCAAUUACAAGAUAUAUAUUGAUAUAUAUUGAUAAUCAUAAGAUCAAUUAAAUAUAUUGUUGUGUUUGCUUUUUUAAAAUGUUCAAUCCUUUGCUUUCAUGACCUUUUUUAAUAGAGUUUGUGUAUUACAAGAGGACUUUGUCUCCAAAGAACAUAGAGCAGUUGACCACUUUAUAUUUACUUGUGUUUAGUAAUUGGUGUUUAACCUACUACUCUCUGUAUACACAAACACACUGUCAAAUUCUUGAGUAUUGGUCCGUUUAAUACAUUCAGAAAACUCUUUAAGUUUGAAUCAUUAGCAAAAGAUCAUGUAGACAGAUUUUUCUCAGAGUUUUGUGUUCCUUGGGCCCGUAUUCACUAGCCCAUUCAGUGGAAUAAUGAAUUUAUUAUUGCCAUGAUAAACUAUUUUUGUUAACAGCCUAGAAGAUUUGUGAAAAAUUGUAAGUACCGGUAAUUUUCACUUGAUUCCAAGUUGCUUUCAAAUUAGUGUUCUUGUUGGUUCACAGGCUUUCAAGCUAGGUUAGAGGCAUAGGUUGAAUACACAACUUUAGGCAUGUGAGUUUGGUUUGUUGUCGUCGUGCUGGGUUUUCUUUUGAAUUCUAGCUCACACUUAUAAAGAAGACGAUUCAAAAUUGUCUGUUUUAGUCAAAAUAAAACCAAUACAUUUUAUGUUCAAUUCAAAAUUAACCCAUUUAUGCCUAGUGUCUAGAAAAAAGUACUUGGCAAACAGCGUAGACCCAGAUGAGACGCUGCAUGAUGCAGAGUCUCAUCUGGGUCUGCUCUUUUUGCUUAAAUGAAUUUCUGUUAGAAAUAUUCUUAAUAUAGAAAUAAAUAUACAAGACAUCCCUAAUGUUUUAAUAAAUUGAUCCAAUUUAGAAGGAUGGAAGAGUCCACUAGGCAUGAAUGGGUUAAACCUAUAUUUUUGUGAUUCUGUUAAGCUAGUUAUGUUCAGGUGCAGGGACACUCUGAGUCAUUAAAUUUGCAGCCUUAGGUGCAAACAGAACUCAUAAACUUCAAUAUACAUAUACUUAAUUCCAAGUGUAUUCUUUAUUCUAAAAGUAUAAGAAUGUGUUGUGAAUACGGACUCUAAUUGUACAUGUGCCAUUCACAAGUAUCUCAUGUUGUACUAAUAUUGCUGUAUUUUUUACCAGCAUUGCAUUGUAUCAACUGGUUUAAGUAGUGGGAUUUAAUUUAUGUUUACUUUCUUUUCAGUUAACAUAAUACUGUAUGAUGAGUAUUUAUGAUUUGUUAUUUAUUUCAAAACACAUGGAAAAAUAUUAGAUCAUUUUAGUUCAGGUCUAGUGUUUAAAUUACUUAUUGAGUUUUUUUUGCUUUUAUGGAAAUAAAAGUGAAUUUUUAAAAGGGCUGGAUAUUCUAACUAUGUAGACUUACAUGUUGCACAUUCCCUUUACCACUAAGGUUCUUAUUUUGAUGUAUUUGAAGUUACUUAGAAAGUUCAAUUUAAUUAAAGACUUCUUAAUAUAUUCAAGUUUUAAAGGCACCAUUUUCAACCCUUAGAUACUGAUGAGCAGCAAACAGCAUAAAACCUGAACAGACUGCAAAUUACUUGCAGGCUGUUCUUGUUGUAAGCUGGUUGCAAAAGCCUUUUUCGCUUUGCAUCUGAUGGGAAAGGGUUAAAUGCUUUUUGUAGAAUUAUGCUGAGCUUUGUAUACUCUUUGUUGCUGAAACAAAUGCAGAAUAAAUUAUGCAACUGGAAGUACAAGAACAGUUUGGACAGGCUAGUCUAAAAGACGUAAAGAAAGUACGUAGCAAAUUUAAACAUUUUUUCGAAUGGAAUAUACUACACAUCGAUGUUUAUAUAUUUUUAGGAAUCUUGCUUUUAG